AUUAAUUAUAUUUUUUUUUUUGGCGAAACAAUUCCAUCUAACGGAAACAUUUCUAUCGGUGGAUUUUUUAUUUAUCUUCGUUGUGCUUCGAGUGACGGACAAAACUGUGUUCACGUUUAUUCGUAUUUGAUUUUGAUACAUUUGAUCGUUCGUUUUCUCAUUUCGCAAGAAGACGGAUAAAAAUACAUCAUCAUUGAAAGUUGGAUUCCAUCUUCGUGGUAUUUGAUCUUCGCACGUACAUUCGUCCGUAUUAAUUAUUUCAAGAUUUCGCACGCUCUCGACUCUCGAGAGCAGCACGGCCAGAUUUAUGGGGGUGUCCGGAGAGUGCGCGGUCAAGGGCAGCAAGAGCCAACCCUGUCACUGCUGCGCGAGUCACGUCGUUGCUAGUCCAAGCGCAAGCGUGCACCAGCAACAACUUCAACAACAUCACCAUCAUCAUCAAUUGCAACAGCAACAACAUCAACGACAUAAUAAUCAUCAUCAUCACCAUCAUCACCACGAGGUACAUCAUACUAUUCAUCCGAAUUAUCACAACCACAAUCAUCGUCAUCAAGAUAAAAACAACGCGCCGGUUGAGGUCCAAAACAACGGUGACAACAGCAACAUUCUCGGACCACUUCGCAGCAAAAUGAAAGUAUUGAAGAAGCUUAAACGCAAGAUGGGCUUAGCACCCAGAUCGUCAAGUGCAGGUACCAACAAUCUACCACCUUUGACCUUCCAUCAGGUGCACGGUGACAAUAUUCUACUUUGUAAUGGCGGGACUAUUGCAAGGAGGCACGAAAGUUUCUGCAAGGGAGUCACAUUUAGUGCAAGACCAGUCCGAGUCGGUGAAAAGGUAUGCGUGAAGUUCUUGGAAAUCUCGGAUAAUUGGAGUGGUGUUAUACGUUUCGGAUUUACCAGCAACGAUCCUAUCAACUUAAGAAGCGGUCUCCCAAGGUACGCUUGUCCCGACCUAACGAACAAGCCUGGCUACUGGGCCAAGGCAUUAGCCGAGAGGUUCGCUGAACCGGACACGGUUCUCUUUUAUUACGUCACAUCCGCCGGAGACGUUCACUUCGGUGUUAAUGGGGAAGAAAAAGGUUUAUUCUUUACUGGCGUAGAAACUCGUAGCCCAUUGUGGGCUAUCAUUGACGUAUACGGGAAUAGCACUGCCAUCGAAUUCGCCGAUCCCAAUCGACAACAUUUUAAUAAUAUCAGACGAGGUGCAGACCAUAGUAACGAGGAUAAUGCGCAACACAGCAGGCACUCGGCGAUGGACGAUGCUAGCAAUGCUGGUAGGGACGUCGAGAGAAUCAUCGUUCCGUCCAUGCAAAGCAUGUCGAUCCAUCAUGAGCCUGACGUAGAACUACCUGGACUCAGGUUUCAACCAGCCGGUGUCAUCUUUACCCCGUUACCUUUCCACCAUACCCGCGGCAGGAACAUCCGCUUCAGUAACCAACAGUGCGUGGCAACGCGCACCGACACGGAAUUCUGUCACGGCUACGCCUUCACGGGACGACCAUUGCUACUAGGCGAAAGACUGGUCGUCCAGAUCCUAGCGACGGAACCGAUGUACGUCGGAGCACUCGCUUUGGGUCUGACCUCUUGCGAUCCAGCACGCUUAACAGCCGAAGACCUGCCGGACGAUAGCGAUCUUUUGUUGGAUCGUCCAGAAUAUUGGGUAGUUUCGAAGGACGUAGCUUCGAGUCCGCAGCCUGGCGACGAAAUUGCCUUUACCGUAACUCAUUAUGGGGAAGUUCAAAUGAGCAAGAACGGUAGUCCACCCAAUGUAGUCAUGCAUGUUGAUCAAAGUCUACAACUUUGGGCAUUCGUAGAUGUCUAUGGUAGCACGCAACGCGUCAGAAUGCUCGCGAGCAGGCCCACCUCUCCGCCAAGGCAACGCCAAAGCAAUCCUUCUCCAGCGACGAUCCUUCAGCAACAACAACAACAACAACAACAACAGCCACAACAUUCGAACCAUAGUAACGCAGCUACCGAACUUUCGAGAUUCUCCGAAAUGGUUCAGUUCAAGCCAACCGUUGGCGGUGGCACGGUACUAGUCGUGAAUCUCCCACCUCAAGGUAGUUAUCCAGCACCGCCACCACCUACACCUCAACCAAUCUACGCGUCAGCCGCACACAGGAACCCACCAGCAACGGUGUCACACUUACCAGCGUCUUCGGCAGCACCUGUACCUCAUCCUGGAUCUUCCAGACAAUCCUCGCCACCGCUCACUGGCACUAUGACCAGCACAGGUUCCUCGACUUACGUUGAUCCUGUGACUUAUCAAAGUCUAGACGGUACAUUAACGUCGCAAGCAUCCUCUCAUCUUCAACAAUGGAGCGAAGGUCUUCAACCAACGCCAGGUCAACCAAGCGAGUGUUCCAUUUGCUACGAGAGGAGUAUCGACAGUGUCCUAUACAUGUGCGGCCACAUGUGCAUGUGUUAUCCUUGCGCCAUUCAACAGUGGCGUGGCAAAGGUGGCGGUCACUGUCCCCUAUGUCGUGCACCCAUCAAGGAU